AAGAGGAGUGAUAAGAUAGGGUGGGACACGUCGGUGUGUCAGUCGCCUUCAGGUCUUCUUGUCCCACCACACUCGAGCCCCACCACCAUACUUCUCGGGAAGAAAAGUGGUACAACAAGAUGGGUACUGAUGUCAUGCCAAAGAAAACUCCAUUUCCCUUGCAUAUGGUAUCUCCACUCAUAUCAAGUACAAGUUUAUCACAGCUUUGUGGCCGAGAAGUUCUCCUGAAACUUGAUAACACUCAGCCUUCAGGCUCUUUUAAGAUUCGAGGCAUUGGGCAUUUCAUUGGAAAAAACCUUGAGAAUGGUUAUGACCAUAUUAUUACAUCAUCGGGAGGAAAUGCAGGGAUGGCUGCUGCAUAUGCAUCUCGGAGGUUUGGUGUUCCAGCCACGGUUGUCAUCCCUGAAUCAACCCCACAACUAAUGAUUUCACGGCUCAAAGAACAAGACGCAAAUGUGAUUAUCGCGCAUAUUACCGCGAAUUUAGGGGGCAUAACAGCAAAAAAUAUUCAAAUUAUGGAAGGGCACAGCACUAUAGUGACUGAAAUAAUGGAACAGUGUCCUGAGAAGCCGGCUGCCAUUGUUGUGUCAGUGGGCGGUGGUGGACUCCUAUGUGGCAUCUUUAAGGGUCUCCAUAAGCAUAAUGCUGCAGAUAUUCCAGUGGUAGCUAUGGAGACAAAAGGUGCUCAUGCUUUAAAUGCAGCACUGCAAGCAGGGAAGCCAGUUUCCAUUGGAGAUAUUACUAGCAUUGCCAAGACCCUUGGUGCACUGUGUGUGACUCAAGGAGUCUUUGAUCUAAAGCAAGGUAUCCAGUUGCUAUCUAAUGUUAUCUCUGACAAGCAAGCCGUAGAAGCAUGUGAGAAAUUUGCUGACGAACACCGCAUACUUGUUGAGCCUGCAUGUGGAGCAGCAUUAGCGGCCGGAUAUUGUGGGAUCAUCAAAGACUUGAUCCUUCAAGGUGUCAUACACAAAGAUGGACCAAUUAUAUUUGUGGUAUGUGGUGGCAAUAUUGUGACUCUGGAAUUAUUAAUGGCUUGGAAAAACCAGUUUCAUGUUCAUUAAUUAUAAUUUAAACAGAAACUCUCUCUGCAGCUUUUUUAUGUAAUUGCCAUAGUUCAACACUUUAAAACUUACCCAUCCCAGUUCUUUCUCUCAAGUUCUUAACUGGGCUUGGUUGUACAGACUUCAAUCUUAGCAUAGAUUUUUUUCAAGAUCUAUGACAUGGAUUAUUAUUUGUCAGAUUAAUCUGAAGAUUUGUUUGGAUAAUUAUACUUGUGUUCUUUUCUCUAACUGGUAAAGACAAGGCGCCUUGUGUUAAUAAUUCCCAAACAUAUACAGUUCAUGAAUUAUCACAUCUCUCAUUUAUCCUUUUCCAACACAAUGAUGUUAAUCAGUAUGAGUAUUAAAAUAUAUAAACACUGAGAUUAUAAGCCUCUUCCAAAUCUAUUAUUCAUUGAGUACUCAUCUCCCAUAUACAAAGAAUAUGCUUUGUAUUUUGAUUAUUAGUACAAGUAUUGAUAAAUACACUAUUAUAAUUGACUCAAAGAUUAUCAUGCUGUUGAUAAUUUUAGAUGAUUGUAUUGUGGCUUCUUAUUCUGCUCCUUUUCAGAGUGUAAUAAAUUUAGUUCUUUUGAAUAGGCUUCAUUUGAUUUAUUUUCCAUGUUUAUAUCAUCUUCUCAAUGAACACGUUCCAAUUUGUCGAUAUUCUUUUCUCAAAUAUGGUGACCAAAACUUUACACAGUAUUCCAGAUCAGGACAUACUAUGUAACUAUGAAAUGGUAACUUUCUCCGAUUACAAUUCAACGAAUCUCUUUAAAUCCUAAAAUGUUAGGUAAUAUUUACUGCAAUAGACUGCUACUUGGUAGUCUAACCCACUUGCAAUUAUAACGUCUAGGUCUCUCUCCAUUUCCUUUUAUUACCUCUAUGAUGUUCAUCCAAUAGCCUCCCUUUUCAUCAGACCAGUUAAUUAGACUGUUAAAGUUGACUUGCAAUCUCUUAUUCUAUUGUUGUUACUUUGCUCUUUAAUUGAGUGGCAUUGGCAAGUUUAUAGUUUGUACAGUAUAGUGAACCCAUAUGUCAUUUUUGUCAAGAACAAAAUUUGUCGCCUGAUCCCUUGGUAAUGAAAAGUCGCACAGUUCAAGCACAAGGAAAUGACCGAGAUGUACCCAUUUACAGAAGGAAUACUAAAGGUAAGAGCAUGACAGAGGCAUAUUCUUUAUUAAGUUAGACCAUUGUAUCAAGAUGGAACAUUGGGGUCUGUUAUACAAAUCCAUUAUAACAAGAUUUGUUCCAGAAAUAAAUUCUACCUCAAGGGUUCUGUUCCAACACAAUCCAUUCUAUCAAGAUUGCAUUACAUUAACCAGAUUUUGGGCGAGUAUGUUGAAAAAUGACAGGUUGGUUAAAAAGCAUCUUUCAAACAGUAGAGUGAAAGCAUUUCUACCCGAAACGCUAUGCGUGUUAGUGGCUUUGCAAGAAUGUAAAAAAUACCAGUCUUAUGUAAUCUCACCUACCCAUUGUACCUUGUAAAUAAAUAAAUAAUAAUAAUAU